AUGUUUGAGGGUUCAGUGACGGAUAGGGGGCAGCUACGGGUGGCUUUGAACGCCAGGACCGGCCCAGACCCGGUCGAGAUCACCUUACCAGCCGCAGGCGGCCAGAACAUCAACGUGGCACCCAUAUCCGCCGACUUGCACGAGGCAGACCUACACCCAGCGUACAAGAGUUCGUUCCUCGUGUCCAACGCCUCGGCGACCUCGCGCCACAUCAUCACCGGCUCCGGCAUGCUCUCCAAAUUGCUGCAGAACCAGGCCGACAACUUCACCAAGAAUGUCCAGCCGAGCGCCAAGCCCAUGCCCUUCAAGCCCGCCACGGUGCUCCGAGUCACGGUCAAGUUCGAGUGCUCGUUAAACCCCGUGGGUAUCAGGGUUGAAGCCAAGGUUAAUCUCCACGCUCUAACCAAGACGGUUGGCCCCAAUAUCCAAGUUGCCCAACGCGGCCGUAUCCGUGACCUAGGGUCGGUAGUACCAUUCCGGUCAAGCGUAUCCAUUUCCAUGCCUCCGGCUUCUAAAUCCGAGCUUUUUGGCUGA